UCCGCCCUGCAUCCCAGGGCGCGGGUGGCCAGCUCCGCCUUUGCUGGGUACCUGGCCCGUGUGGCCCGGGCAGGGCCAGGCCAGAUAUAAAGCAGCCCCAGCUCGGCUGGCAGCACCCACGAGCCUCCGGAGAUCUUGCCCCGCCACCAGCCAGCCCCGCAACCAGCGCCCCGCCGGAGCCAUGGCCGGCAGAAAAGCAUUGAUCGUACUGGCUCACUCAGAGAAGACAUCCUUCAACUACGCCAUGAAGGAAGCGGCUGUGGAGGCUCUGAAGAGGAAAGGAUGGGAAGUCACGGUGUCGGACCUGUAUGACAUGAACUUCAACCCCGUCAUCUCCAGGAAGGACAUUACAGGUAAACUGAAGGACCCCGAGAACUUUAAGUAUCCUGUCGAGUCUACUCUCGCUUACAAAGAAGGCCGUCUGAGCCCAGAUAUUGUGGCUGAACAAAAGAAGCUGGAAGCUGCAGACCUUGUGAUUUUUCAGUUCCCACUGCAGUGGUUUGGAGUCCCGGCCAUCCUGAAAGGCUGGUUUGAGCGAGUGCUCAUCGGGGAGUUUGCUUACACAUACGCUGCCAUGUAUGACAAGGGGCCUUUCCGGAAUAAGAAGGCAGUGCUGUCCUUCACCACUGGGGGCAGCGACUCCAUGUACUCUCUGCAGGGAGUCCAUGGGGACAUGAAUAUCAUCCUCUGGCCAAUUCAGAGCGGCACUCUGCAUUUCUGCGGCUUCCAGGUCUUAGAACCUCAACUGACAUACAGCGUUGGGCACAUUCCCGCAGACGCCCGACUUCAGGUCCUGGAGGGAUGGAAGAGGCGCCUGGAGAGCAUCUGGGAUGAGACGCCACUCUAUUUUGCUCCAAGUAGUUUCUUUGACCUAAACUUCCAGGCAGGAUUCUUACUGAAAAAGGAGGUCCUGGAAGAGCAGAAAGAUAAGAAGUGUGGCCUCUCUGUGGGCCAUCACUUGGGCAAGUCCAUCCCGAAUGACAACCAGAUCAAAGCCAGAAAGUAAGACUCACAAAGGCUUGGUUUCCUUCUAAAAUGUAGCCAAGGCUAGGUUUCUUGUCCAGGCUUCCUUUAGUUUUUAAGAUUUGUGUGUGCUUUUCUUUUUUCCAAGAGGAAUAAAUAUAAGAGAGAUUAGACUAUUCAUACAUUUUUUGGUAGUUUUCUUUCUUUCUUUUUUUUUUUUUUUUAACAUAACUGAUUUUUACAAUUGCUAUCAUGGCAAAACUUGAUUAGGCUCAAGAGGACAUUUAAAAUAUAAAGUAGGGCAAAGGUAUAGAAAGGUGCUAGAAAGUAUUCUUUAAGGUCCUGUAUACAAUUUAAUCCUUCUCUUAGGGACACAUUUUUAGGGUUAAAUCUGGCUAUAAAACAUCCAACUCUUCAAUGAUCUAUUUUUCUUUUAAUUAUCUCUCUGUGGUUUGCAGCAAAAGGGAAUUGCCCAGAGAAAGCAGUGACUGAAUCUGUCAGACUUAAGGGACUUGUCUGGUUAAUAAUCUAUGUUUGUUUGUGAUACACAUUGAUUCAAAUUACUACAUAGUGACUGAUAUGCCUAAUCUGAGUGUUUCUCUUUCCUUAAAUUUCUGUUGUUUGUAUACAGUACACACAGGUGCCUUGAGAUGAAAAGCUAAUAAAAGUCUCCUUUGUCUCAA